CACUUGUCAUUACACAAUGUCCGCCUGUAGCGUGAGCACACCUCGUUUCCUCUCAGUGCCCUGGAAGCAGCCAGGGAUGUCAAAGUGACUGCACGUGAGCGGCCUCCUCGUCUCGACAGGUAACUUUUAUUUUGAAAGAUCAUAACCUUCCUGAAAGUAACAAGUAGGAAACGUUUUGUGUUAACGCUUCCAGAUGUUGGCAAUGUCAACCUUCAUGGUUUUGGCCCUUGACCCUGCUCACUCUGUCCUAGGACUUUAUUGUGAAGUCAUUAAUGCUGUAAUGUUUGUGUGCUGUCAUUUCAACACUUCCUGCUUCCUCUCUACAAGUGUGCUGUCCACAGUAGCAGAAGUCAAAUAAAUCGUUGCGUGGAUGAAGCCAUGGCGUCCAAUGCCAGCUCUACCGCUUUCUCGCCGCCCAUCAGCACUUCGGCUAAGGUCGGUAUUGCCAUCUUAACCGUGGCGUUCGCGCUGGGCUUCCCCGGGAACCUCUUCGUGGUGUGGUCAGUGAUUUGCCGCGUCCGGAAGCGCUCGGUAACGUGUUUGCUGGUGCUCAACCUGGCGCUGGCCGACGCCUUCGUGCUGCUCACCGCCCCGGUUUUCCUGCGCUUCUUGGCCGCCGGACAAGGGUGGGAGUUUGGCUCGGCGGCGUGCAAGCUGGUGCACUACCUCUCGAGCGUCAACAUGUACGUGUCCAUCUACCUUAUCUGCCUGAUGAGCAUGGACCGCUGGUUGGCCGUCACCAGGCCUUUCCUGUCACAGAGGAUGCGGACUAAGCGCUCUUUGCUGGUUCUCUUGCUGGGGGUCUGGGUCAUGGCCUUCUUGCUGUCCCUCCCCAUGCCCUUCUAUCGCAGCAAUUUGAGGAAAGUGUUCCCAAACAACGCCACGCUGAGAUAUUGUGUGCCGUACCACUGGGGCAGUGUGGGUCACCGGGUCUUCCAGUACACCUUUGAGACCGUCAUGGGCUGCCUGGUGCCUUUCUCUCUCAUCAACACCUGCUACUCUUCAGUCAUCUGCCGCCUGCGGAGCGCCAUGUUCCAGCGUCGAGGCCAAGGCAGCCGCCUGAUCCUGAUGAUCAUCUGCGCCUUUACCAUCUUCUGGGUGCCGUAUCACAUCAUCAACAUCAUUGAGGUGAUUGGGCUGUUGCAGGGAAGCAAGUCAACGGUGGCUGCUGCUCUCAUGGCCCGCCCCAACGUGACCGCUUUCGCUUACUUCAGCAGUGCCGUCAAUCCCAUCCUGUACGUGUUUGCCGGCAGCUCUCACAUCCGCCAGGCUGGUCUCAGCUUCAUGGGCAAGCUUUUCGAGGCCACUAACUCGGAAAGCAGGAGCACGUCCACCUUCGGCCGCAGUGGACGCACAAGCUCGUCGCGGGACGACGCCUCGGUGCUGCAGACGCUGUCAGUCAAACUGGGGAAGCCGUUUAAAAGCAGGCAAGGCGACGACGCCAACAUGGGGGCAAGAGAGCAGGACCAGCCAGAGUUGAAAACUCUUGCAGGUGUUGAGCUGUUAGACUAGCAGAGCUGGUGCUAACAGGUGAUGUAAUUAAACUAGUGUCAAGUGAUUCAGUUUAUAGUCAGAAUAAUCAAACUUUUGAAUUUGGAUUCAUCAGGAUUAAUUACUCGAAAAGUUUACAUAACUUAAAUCAACUUAAAAAAAUAUUUGGACACAAAUAUUUUCUGCAUGUCAUACACCAGGGGUCCCCAACAUUUUUGACCCGGGGGCCGCAUUGGGUUGAAAAAAAUUUGACCAUGGGCCAGGCAAUAUGUAUAUACAUAUACAUAUAAAUAUAUAUAUAUUAUUUAAAAAUCCCCUGAAGAGCAGGCAAACCUGUGCAACAGGUUUGUAGGGAUGAAAUAGCUUGUGUUUUUUCCUGACCUAACGUAUAUUCUACUCUACCCCAGUAUUGAGCGCUGUAUAACAGAUAAACCACAGAAAC